CCCAAGUCCAAAGAAGAGGAGUGAGGCAAGGCACCAAGACAUAUUCACUCCCUCUCUCCAUUGUUCACCCAUUUACUCUUCCUUCCGCCACUCCCUCUCACCUCUAUACUAGACACAACAAAGAAAGGGAUUUACCAACAAUCAUCUUUGAAAGCGCAGAAAACUGAGCCUUGCGCACCGCCUCUUUCGAUUUCGAAUCGUCGCUCUGACGUCGCGCGCGUGGGGCGAUACACUCCGAUCACUUCUCUGCGCUCCAACACAACGCUGUACCACAUCUAGAGGACUGCUUGAAUACUAGUCUGCCGCAUACUGAGCUUCGCAACUGCGCAUCAGUGCCUCUUGUGCAUCCUCGCCACCCCUGGAUAGCUGCCUCGGGGCCACACGAACGUCACUGGUGAUCAUGAGCGCUUCUCCAGCUGGCAUCACUCCCAAUGGAACCCCGACACCAAACUCAGGCGGGCAACCGCCAAAGAUCAUCCGAAGAGCAAAGGCCGAUCCAUUCGCCACCUACAAGAAACCAGUUGUGCGGCCACAGGCUGCUCCGAGAUCACGCCAACAGAACCAGAAUGGACUCACUGCCCUGAACAAACCACCACCGCCACCUCGUCCCCUACCACGAUACCCAGGGAAUAAUCGAGCAGCUGCUCCUGCGGGACCAAGCAGCAAUGCGCCGCCACAGCCCCAGCUCGACUUCACACGCAAGUCGAACAUCGGAGAAUACGAGGACUUUGCGCUCACGACGACGAAGAGGGCGAUGCGCGAGGGUCUACGAUACCAUAUUGCACGAUUUGCCUCUAAGAAGAAGGUCGACCCAACGAAUUCUGACGACUUCAUUAAGCCCGUCUCUCUCCAUCGCCGCGACCCAAGACAACCGCCUGCUGGGAAAGUCGCCAAGGAUGAGGAUACGGUGAUGGGGGAGCCAAUCGAUGAUAAGGAGAGAGAGAAGCAGGAAAUCGCUCGGGCUGCCAAAGAGGCACAGCGAGCUGCUGAUCUGGCCCAGAUUGCACCCUCUGGAAACAACGCAUCGGCAUUGGCAGCCAAGAAAGUCCAGUCGUUCAAGAAUGAGAAGACGACCCAGGUUCAUAGAACGGCCCAGACCGAAGAGGAGAUGAAGGAGUCAGAUCUACGCUAUGAAGAGGCCUUACCAUGGCAUCUUGAAGACGCCGAGAACAAACAAACUUGGGUGGGCAACUACGAGGCUGCUUUGUCGGACACGAACGUCAUCUUCGUCAUCGACGGGACCAAUUUCAGGAUGGUUCCGAUCGAGAAGUGGUACAAGUUCACGCCUAAGAACCAGUUUAAGACUUUGACGAUCGAGGAGGCAGAGGCUGAGAUGAACAAGAAGUCUAAGGCAAAUAGAUGGGUUAUGCAUGCUGACCAACAGAACCAAGAAGCCGCAGAGAGGCAGAGGGGAAUUCAAGCCAUGGCUGGCCUGUACAGUAAAGUCAAGGGCGAGAGGCCCAUGCCCAAGAGCGAAGCUAGAGAUCACGACGAUCUUGAUAUUACAGAUGAUUUGUUCCAAGAUGAUGACGAGCAGGCCACUGUCGAGCCAGAAAAUGACGAGGACACCAAGUUCGCUGCUGAAAAGAUCAAGCGGGAGCAGUUGGGAGCGAAUUUGUUUGGAGACGCAGAUGAGGAAGAAGUUGAGGAAGAAUUCAAGGAGGAAGCGAAAGAAAAGGAGAUGAAGAAGCGCCUUGGCAAGAGCCUGAGGAAGUCGCUCAGAAAGCGUGAAAAGAACUACACUUAUGAGAGCGAUUCCUCAAACCCAUAUUCUUCUUCAAGCGGCGAUGAGACCACAGAUGACGAGAAGCAGGCCGAGGAAGACCGCAAGAAGGACGAGGAGGCCAAGUUGAAAGAGAAAGAAAAGCUCGGCGUGCCAAAGCUUGCCUCUGGCGCUUCAACAAAGGGAACAACCACCCCGAUUGGACGCCCAAGAAGCACUGAUCCUCACAAGAAACACAACCACCUCAAGCGCGCUGGAUCUCCCAACCUCUCAGCCUCCGAAACAAGCGGAAACGAAUCCACCCGCAAGAAGCACAAGAAGAAGCACAUGCUUUCAUCCUCCCAGCCAACCGGGACAUCCACCCCUCGCUCGGGGUCACCUCACCCAUCCUCCUCAGCCCCAGCAGGUGGCGUCAGCCCACGCAAAUCCUCCAUCGUCAAGCUUCACGUCAACUCCUCACGCCUCUCUGACAUCCAAGCCAACACCCCCCACCCAGCCAUGAGCGACAGCGAGAUGUCGGAUGGCGCCGGCGGCAAGAAGCGCAAAUCCGGCAUUAAGCUCCGUCUCGGCAACAGCGCCUCUCCUUCCCGCGCCGGCAGCCCCGCCAAUGGAAGCCGCGCUGGGAGCCCGGCCCAGGCACAGGGUGCGGCGUCUCCUAUUCGACCGAUUAUGGCGGAUGAGAUUGCGGCUGCGAUCCCGGCGGAGGGUAUUGCCAUUGGGAUGCUGCUUAAGAUUUUCUCGGGCCGUAUCAAGGGGAAUGGGAAGGACAAAGAGGAUCGUGAGAAGUUUAUUAAGCUGGUUAAGGAGAAUUCGGUGUUCAGCCAGGAGGAUAAGCUGUUGAGACCAAGAGCUACGUAGAGUGUUUAGAUAGAGAGACAGGUUUAUAGGGGUUCGAGAGGGGUGGUGGGAGAGGAUGGGAUGGAUGGAGCUAUUUGCACGUAUCGUCAGGCAUCAUGGGGGAUGUGGAGGCUAUAGGCGAAGACUGGUUGUUUGCCUGGCUUAUCCUUCUGACAUAAUAAGUAGAUUGCAAACCUCAACGAACUUUGAUUUCAUCUCUCUAGUGACUAAAACAACUUGGGUGAAUUCGUAGU